GCGCACAUCACCACGCAAUGGACGAUGACGACGGGAUAGCCGAUGCCUUCACGAGCGACCACCUGUGGACGCCCUCUUCCUUCACCGACGAUCCAUCCAGCUACGAGUCCUCGUUGUUCGUGCCGCUGCAGCUGGACGUGCCGUCAAUCCAGUUCCACCAUCCAUACGCGCCUAAAGAAUCGCUAGACCGUGAGCUUCGAUUGCCGGAUAUCGAAGCCUUCACAUUUGGGCCGCUGCCAGACCUUGAAGGGUUCGACGAGUCUUCUAUCUCGGUUGGGACGCCUCCCACAGAACUUGAGGAAGAAGACGUCUGGCGGAUUGCCCUGGAGUCGGGUCCAGCGAAAAAGGAUGUUGUGUUCUUUACUUGGGAGGCUUUUGAGGGCCCUGGCCACGUCGAGCGGCAUACCCCAUACAUUACGGAAUCAGGCCCAGAGGCCUUCGACGCAGCGUUGGCCAAAGAUGACAACAAGACGGCUGCUGGAAGAGUCGUCAAGGGCAAUGUCCUCCUGGAGUCUCUAUGGAACCUUGGGCUUGGACGCUCUUCCAUCUUGUUCUCUUUCAACCCGAAACUGCGGUCCUUCGCAUCCGCCCUCGCGGAUGGACGAGCAUCAGGGCUGAGCCCCAGGAUCGCCCAGAGUCUCAUCAACCAAUUUAUCCACAUUGGGAACACCUUUCUCUAUCUGAGGUCAUUCGUGGAGCGCACCUUUUCUUCGGCAGCCUCUAUCCCUGCUAGAGUUGCAUUAGCUACCUCAGUGUCGAGCAUACUCUCGACGUUUGAGAAUCACCUAGGACGACACUCAGGAGCGAUCACAUCCCUGCUCCGACUACAGCGUCUCUUUGCCAGACCGCAAGAGAUCCUGAACUAUGUCGCUCGUACAGUGGACGCGGUGAGGCACGCCAAGACCAAUGAACAACUCUCUUCCGUUCUUCAUCAUCGUGUGCUGGAGAUGGAAGAGGGCGAUGAGAGCAUACGCCAGCUAUCGUGCGAAACGCUGCGUCGAGUAGCAAACCCUAGCUUAGAGCUGUUGGGCGAAUGGAUCGGUGUCCAGCCCGAGCAGCAAGCGGUACUAAUUCCGGAGCGAGGCACUUUCGUGGCCAUCGAUGACAACGGGGAACACCAAGGUCCCGUUGAGUAUGUUUAUCGUCCCGAGAUGAUGCCGCGAUUCAUCACUCCUGACGAUGGCAAGACCAUCUUUGAGACGGGAAACAGUCUCCGUUUCUUGAAACUGCACCAUGCUGGCCACCCACUAGCUUCUUUGGAGAAAUUUGGGGUACAGCCUCCAAAGCUGGAGUGGAAAUUCGGGUGGCAAGACAUCGAAUUUAUCUCUCUGAAGGCGAAAGCUUACGAGGAGGACCUCCGGCGCGCCAUCCUACAGUUCUCAAACGGGCCAUCCUGCCCGAAACCAUCGGUCGCGCCUACGUCUGGUUUGCUAGCAGAGGAGAGCUCAGUGGACCCUGAAUUCAAGCAAUAUAUCGAGGAAUCUGCCUCCGUGUUUGAUGCAGCACCCAAACCUAUGUUGGGUCACCUUCCAGACGAAGUUCAGAUGCUCACGGAGCACAUUCUUGCGAGCACACCCACCAGGGGCCCGUCUAUUUCGGACACUUUCUCUCCGCCCUUGUCGAUAACAUCCGCUUUGUCGUUCCGGCCGCUUCUGACCGCGCAAGCAAAGCUCGUCAAUGCAACAACGCUGCGGCUCUUCUUCCGUUCCCAUCAUCUCCGCUUGCAUCUAGCAGUCCAGCGAGAAUAUCAGCUCCUUGGCGACGGCGUCUUCUCUUCCCGGCUAGCCUCCGCGCUCUUCGACCCCGAACGCGAGAGCGCGGAACGACACAAGGGAAAGAUGCGCAGUGGGGUCCAUAUGGGCCUUCAGCUCGGCUCUCGAAGCAGCUGGCCGCCCGCAAGCUCAGAGCUUCGACUCGCGCUUAUGGGUGUUCUGAGCGAAAGUUACUAUUCUUCUGCACUUUUCUCCUCCAAACACAAACCUGGCGUGAUGACUGAUCCGCAACAGGAUAAAGAUGAGCUCCCAGGUCAACUCAACUUCGCCGUGCGCCAACUCACCGAACCCGAAAUGGAGAAAAUUAUGGAUCCAUACGGCCUCUAUGCGCUCGAUUUCCUGCGCCUACGAUACGUCCCACCCAACCCUCUCAACCUCGUCAUCACCACCUCCGCCGUCGACAAAUACGAUCACAUCUUCAAAUUCCUGCUCCGGCUAUUGCGCAUGCUCUUCGUAGUCGCACACCUCCCCCGGCAUUACCCCGACAUCGAGUCUCGCCACUUCAGGAUGGAAGCGCACCACUUUGUCACCGCGCUCUCAACCUACAUCUUCCAGACCGGCAUCGCAGAGCACUGGGAUACCUUCCAAACCUACGUCACCACUCUAGAAUCGCGCCUCGCCGAAGAAGACGCUGCGGGUGAACUCGGCACCCGCGUCACAGAAGGCCUGGCUUCCCUCCGCGACGCGCACGAGAAGUGUCUCGAUAGCGUCAUGUUUGCAUUGCUACUGCGCAGACGCCAGCGCAAGGUUCUGGCGCUCAUGGAAGAAAUCUUCGAACUCAUACUCCUCUUCGCGAAGAUGCAAAACCCAGACACCAAGGUUGAAGAGGGCCCGAAGGACCUUUAUGUCAAGCUAAGAGGCAAGAUUAGAGUCUUUUUGAGCGUCUGUAGGCAGUUGACAGGGAAGAAAGGGUAUGGCAAGGGGAGAGGGACGAGCGAGGUGAAUGAGUUGGAGAGGCUGGGCACGCUGUUGGAGAUGAAUUCAUAUUUCGCGGCGUCGGCGGGUAGUUGAGGAAGUCGCGUGGGAGUUGCGCGUCUUCAGCUAACCCUUGGAAGUAAUCGUAAGGCAGGCAACAGCUUCGUAUUCGCAACCUUGCCCCGCCUCGGCCUAACUGCACAGAGCGUAUCAAUGGUACAUAUUUACAUUCACGCCACUGCGGUAAUUCCACUACCUACGGCGAAUAUAAUUACCGGGCCACGCAUCUUAUGUAGUUUCAUUUUUUUGCUGUGCCUCCAACAACGUAAGACUCGCCCGCAUAUCCGGCUUCAGAGCAGCAACUGUGAAAAAUCCACCCACCAUGCCUCGGCGCACGUUCUACCUCGACAACUUCCGCACCUUCCUCACCGCACUCGUCAUCCUGCACCACUCCUCCGCGCCCUACGGCGGCAUUGGCUUCUGGCUCUACUCGCCUUCUCGUCACC